AUGGAAAAUUAUUCUACAUUGUUGAGCCCUAUCGACAACUUUGCUUUCUCUCAGUUCACAAACAGCAGUCCUACAGGGAGUAGCCCUGCUUCCCGUGGCAAGCAGAAUCCUCAGAACAUGCAGGACGUUCCAAGAACGCCUCUUCCGAAGCCGAGCAAUGACUGGCAGGAAAUGUUCGAAGGUCCACAGGCUGGACAAUUCCCAUUUGGCAUAUGGGAUGAAAACCCAUUCGGCUCCAACAAGCAGAUGUCUGCAUCUCCGUGGAGACCGAAUGUUUUUAGGACACUAUCGGAUACGUUCCUUGACUCGCCUCUCUCGUCUUCUUCAUUCUUGUCUUCGGCGUCAGGAUCUCCUUCGGUCCAUCCAUCGACAACGUGCUCUCCUUGGGAGACAUGUCCCGGCCUUGCCCCAGCCAGCCCGGAUAUCCCUCUUCUUGACGAAUUGUCUCUCGGUCUUCAAGGCUCACUCAACUUCUCAACCGAUGAUGCCGCAGCGUAUGCAGUGAAUAAUGCACCUCUGGGUUCUCCCCUGCGGUCGCCUAUCAGCCUCUCAUACGAGGGUGACUCUGGAGUUAUUGACACUUUCAACCUUAUGGAUUCCCAGCACCAUGUAGCGACGACAAUUGAGCCUUCUCAUCUCAUGUCGAACGCACUGGGCCUCGACUUAUCUGGUAGCGACAAUUCCAACCAUCCUAUGAUGUCAUCGACUAUGCCGCAAAUGCUUCCCCCUUUCGGCGAUAUCGUGGUGAGCCCGCCUCACAGCAAGGGGUCUUCACCCUUCACGGAGGCUAAUGACGUGCCUACAUCUCCUCCACGCUCCGUCCCGUCACACACCGCUGGCAGCUUCGAUGCGUUCUCACCAUCCACUGGUUUUCCCUCUGAAAGCUCUAUGCACAAUCGCACCACUAGACGCAAGACCUCUCGUAUCGACUAUGCUGAAGCCGCAUACGAUGGAGAUAGUGAUGAGGACCUCGAGGAAUCCGCCAACAAUAGUACUAUUCGCAUUAAUAAACGUCGCAAGGCAGGUGCUGAGUCGCCUUCGUUCAUGUACUCAGAGAGUGAUGAAGAUGGCGAGCUUGGUGAAUUCGGGGUGCGUCGCGGCCGCAAGGGCGGCAAGCGCUCAGGAACCAAAGCUGGUGCAGCUGCAAACACAAAGCGCAAGAGCAAGCGCAGGCACCAUUGUCCGCUCGAAGGAUGUAAGCAGUCCUUCACACGUGUGACAGACAUGGCUCGUCACCUCGCCAGCGUUCAUCGCACAGUCGAUACAGAUGCGAACCGCUGCUCGUUCUGCCAUAAAGCAUUUUCCCGCGACGACGCAGUCUUGCGGCAUGAGAAUGACAGCUGCCCUAUGCGCCCUCGCAAGAAGACGUCUCCUGCUGAACUAUGGGUCUGA